UGUCCCGUUUCCGGACCCGUCUCUAUGGUGUGGGAGAAACCCCGCCCCCAGAAAAUUGUGGGUGUAGUGGCCACAGAUUUACCGGCAGGCAGGGUGGUUGGUGUCAACAGGGGGGCCAAGAGGGGACCAGAGCCAAGACCCUCGGCCUCCUCCCCCGCUGCCCUCCCGCAGAUCUGCUUGGCUUUGAGGAAGAGUGGCAGUACUGCCUCAGUACGUAAGGGAUGGGAUCAGAGAACAGUGCUUUAAAGAGUUAUACAUUGAAAGAACCACCAUUUACCUUACCCUCUGGACUUGCUGUUUAUCCUGCUGUCCUGCAAGAUGGCAAAUUUGCUUCAGUGUUUGUGUAUAAGAGAGAAAAUGAAGACAAGGUUAAUAAAGCUGCCAAGCAUUUGAAGACACUUCGUCACCCCUGCUUGCUAAGAUUUUUAUCUUGUACUGUGGAAGCAGAUGGCAUUCAUCUUGUCACUGAGCGAGUACAGCCCCUGGAAGUGGCUUUGGAAACAUUGUCUUCUGCUGAGGUCUGUGCUGGGAUCUAUGACAUAUUACUGGCUCUUAUCUUCCUUCAUGACAGAGGGCACCUAACACACAAUAAUGUCUGUUUAUCAUCUGUGUUUGUGAGUGAAGAUGGGCACUGGAAGUUAGGAGGAAUGGAAACUGUUUGUAAAGUUUCUCAGGCCACGCCAGAGUUUCUGAGGAGUAUUCAGUCAGUAAGAGACCCAGCAUCUAUCCCUCCUGAAGAGAUGUCUCCAGAAUUCACAACUCUCCCAGAGUGUCAUGGACAUGCCCGGGAUGCCUUUUCAUUUGGAAUAUUGGUGGAAAGUUUGCUCACAAUCUUAAAUAAACAGGUUUCAGCGGAUGUUCUCUCCAGCUUUCAACAGACCUUGCACUCAACUUUGCUGAAUCCCAUUCCAAAAUGUCGGCCAGCGCUCUGCACUUUACUAUCCCAUGACUUCUUCAGAAAUGAUUUUCUGGAAGUUGUGAAUUUCUUGAAAAGUUUAACAUUGAAGAGUGAAGAGGAAAAAACGGAAUUCUUUAAAUUUCUGCUGGACAGAGUCAGCUGCUUGUCAGAGGAAUUGAUAGCUUCAAGGUUGGUGCCUCUUCUGCUUAAUCAGUUGGUGUUUGCAGAGCCAGUGGCUGUUAAGAGUUUUCUUCCUCAUCUGCUUGGCCCCAAAAAAGAUCACGCUCAGGGAGAAACUCCUUGCUUGCUCUCACCAGCCCUGUUCCAGUCACGGGUGAUCCCCGUGCUUCUCCAGUUGUUCGAAGUUCACGAAGAGCAUGUGCGGAUGGUGCUGCUGUCUCACAUUGAGGCCUAUGUGGAGCACUUCACUCAGGAGCAGCUGAAGAAAGUCAUCUUGCCACAGGUUUUGCUGGGCCUACGUGAUACUAGUGAUUCCAUUGUGGCAAUUACUCUUCAUAGCCUAGCAGUGCUGGUCUCUCUACUUGGACCAGAGGUGGUUGUGGGAGGAGAACGAACCAAGAUCUUCAAACGCACUGCCCCAAGUUUUACGAAAAAUAUUGACCUUUCUCUAGAAGAUUCUCCUGUGCGUGUCGUCUGCAGCCAGCACAGUCAGAUCUCGCCAAUCUUGGAGAACCCCUUCUCUAGCAUAUUCCCUAAAUGUUUCUUUUCUGGCAACAUGCCCAUCAACAAGAAGCACAUACAGCAAGAUUACUACAAUACUCUUUUACAGACAGGCGAUCCAUUUUCUCAGCCUAUUAAAUUUCCCAUAAGUGGACUCCCAGAUGUAAAAAAUUCUUCAGAGGACAGUGAAAACUUCCCAUCAAGUUCUAAAAAGUCUGAGGAGUGGCCUGACUGGAGCGAGCCUGAGGAGCCUGAAAAUCAAACUGUCAACAUACAGAUUUGGCCUAGAGAACCAUGUGAUGCUGUCAAGUCCCAGUGCACUACCUUGGAUGUGGAGGAGUCAUCUUGGGAUGACUGUGAGCCCGGCAGCUUAGAUACUAAAGUAAACCCAGGAGGUGGAAUCACUGCUACAAAACCUGUUACCUCAGGGGAGCAGAAGCCCAUUCCUGCUUUGCUUCCAUUCACUGAAGAGUCUACGACUUGGAAAUCAAGCCUACCCGGAAAGACUAGUCUUGUACAAAGCAGGGAUGACCCAGACCAAAUCAAAUCACCAAAAGUGUCAUCACAAGAAAGGCCCCUUAAGGUUCCAUCAGAACUUGGUUUAGGAGAGGAAUUUACUAUUCAAGUAAAAAAGAAGCCAGUAAAAGAUCCUGAGAUGGAUUGGUUUGCUGAUAUGAUCCCCGAAAUUAAGCCUUCUGCUGCUUUUCUUAUAUUACCUGAAUUGAGGACAGAAAUGGUCCCUAACAAGGAUGAUGUCUCCCCAGUGAUGCAGUUUUCCUCAAAAUUUGCAGCAGCAGAAAUUACUGAGGGAGAGGCUGAAGGCUGGGAAGAAGGGGAGCUGAACUGGGAAGAUAAUAACUGGUGACAAUGGAUCACCUCCAUUUCCAUUAAAAGCCAGGCUGGAGCAGGACCUUUUUGGAGUAAUGACUCAGUUGCUUCCAAGGCCCCUGCUAUUGUGUGUAGCGCUGACCUGUACUCUUCUUCCCAGGGGAAUUCAUGACGAGCUUUUUUUGCAUAUGGCUGGAAAAUAAGUAAAACAUAAGUAAUAUCAUAAUAGCCAUUCUAUAAAGAACCUUCCUUUUGGACCAAAGCUUAUGUGCAAAUUUUAUUGUACUUAUUGGCUCACAAAGGCAGGAGAGUGCAACCUGAAACCCCUACACAGUCCUCUAGAAAAAUAUGUAGAGGCAUUUUGGUUUAUCAUAGCAAUUCAGAGUAUUACUACCAGUGUAUUAGUUUGUAUAUGGUGCACAGCAAUGAGUAACCUGUCCCAAAGGGCUCCCACUGAGACAUGCUGCAUAGGCCAAGGUUUUCAAACUUGAGGGUGGUUAGGCAAGGCAUCUUUUACCAUUAUAGUCUUCCUAAGGAAGGUAACAAUAAAUUCAUGAGGACUUAACUUACAUGUCUCAAAAACAAGUUAAUAAACGUAUUUUCUUUUUGACUAAAACUUACCAGAACGUUGUUCUUCAUGAACUACUAUUCAAAAUAUCAAUAAUGCUGCUCAAAAUAUCAAAGGAUAUUUUGCAUAUCCUUAUUAGUGUCAAAUUUCUGCCUUUUAAUAGGUAGAUGUGAUUUUUAGAUACUGCCAAAAAUUAUUAGGAGGCUGAUCUGAUUAAUGAGGCAAGGGAUCAAACUAAACAUUUAGGAAGGUAAGUUUCUUUCAUUUUCUUCAGUGGUUCAGUAACAACUGCAUUUAUAGCACCAUUGGUACAAUAUUUAACUUCCGUUAAAGUUAUUACCAAUAAUUGAAACAUUGAAAGAAUAUAUUUGGUAUUUCCUAUUUUUUUUUUUUCUUUUGUAGUACCACUUCUAUG